AGCACGUCCCCAGAUGAGCUGCUCUUCCUGGGGCCUCAGUCCAGGGCUGCAGCAAAGAGGCCUGCUUGGGAGGAGGAGAGCAUCCUACCUCAUGGGGACAGGGAGCUGAGGUCUCUUUUAGGACUGAGGGACCAAAUCCUGCCUCCUAGAAGAGGAGCUGGGUAGGGUUGCUCCCUCCCGCCCCUUCCUUCCCUCCGCAGACACGUCCUGACGACACCCCGCUGGGCAGUGGAAAAACAGAAAAGGAGUAGCUUGACUGUUUCUGCUUGAUGAUCAAAGGAACCAGCUGAUCUGCUAAACUGUUGGCUGAUACAGGAACCUUCUUGAAGUGCCUGUGGCUUGGACAGCAAGCUUAUGUUUGGUCCUAUGGUUCCUUGCACUGUGCACAUGUCGGUGGUCAGGAAAAAAGCCAGUAUUAAGAGGUUGGAAUGACUGAUAUUUUCUCAGGGCCCUUCUAUGCACGUUUUCUUCAUGGAAGAAGCACCAGUGAAAUAAAUAAAGAUCUCAUUAAAGGACUGUGGAUUCUUGUGGUGGUCUUCUGGAUGCCUCAACAACAGGUGGUUUCUUGUGUGGAGAACCUCUGUCCUAGUGUGGAAGUUAAGUGGCUAUGCAGAAGGAGUUUCCCAUAAAAACCGUCCCAGCACUGUCAAAGGUGGCCUAUAGACAAGACGUAAUGGAGUACUCCACCAAAUAUGACAAACCGGAGUCACUGAAGCAGUACACGAGGCCAGAGAAGAUAAAAGAGGAGCUAGAGGAAUGCUGCAUGAAUGAAGAGCAGGCCAAAAGAGAGGCUGCUGAGAGGGAAAAGGAACUUCUUGAACAAAAGAUUAAAGAGCUGCUGCAAACGUCAGAGGACCAAGAAAGAGCCUUCGAGGCAUUUAGAGUCAAAGUGACAGAGGAGUUGACAAAAAGAGACAACCUUCUGAGAAAGAUGAACGAGAGGAUUGAGAUGCUGGAGAUCUUAAGAAAGAUAAUAGAGGAAAAAGAAGAACAUUACAUGAAGAAAUGUGAGCUCCUUCAUGGUUCAGAAAAGACCUCAGCAGACACAGCAGGGGGCUUAGCUCACAGUGGGGUAGAAGAGCAGGCCAAAAGAGAAGCAGCUGAGAGGGAAAAAGACCCUCGUGAGCAAAAGGUUAAAGAGCUGCAGCAAAAGUUGGAUGACCAAAAGAGAGUCUUGGAGGGAAUGAGAGCCAAAUUGACAGAAAGGAUGAAAGAAAUAGAGAAGACCUCAGCAGAAGAAGAGUGGGCCAGCGGAGGGGCAGCUGAGAGGGGAGAGGAGCCUCUUGAACCAAAGGUUAAAGAAGUACAGCCAAAGAUGGAGGACCAAGAGAGAGUCUUCAAGGGAUUUACAGUCAAACUGACAGAGGACAUUAGAGAAAAAAACAACCAUCUGAGAAAAAAUAUCGAGAGGAUUGAGAUGCUGGAGAGCAUAGAGGUGAUAAAGGAGGAACUAGAGGAAUGCUGGAUGAAGACAGAUGAGCUCCUUUAUGAUGCAGCAAAGACCUCAGAAGAAUGCGCUGAAAGAGAGCCAUCAGAGAAGGAAAAGGCGCUUCUAGAGCAAAAGUAUAAAGAGAUUUGCCGGAAGGUGGAGGACCAAGAAAAAGGCUUCGAAGAAUUUAUGGGCAAAAUGAUAGAGAAAAUAAGCAAAAGAGAAAAGACCUCAGCAGAAGAGUGUGCCAGAAGAGUGGCAGCUGAGAGGGAAAAUGAGCUUCUUGAGCAAAAAGUUAAAGAGCUGCAGGAAAAGUUGGAGGACCAAGAAAGAGUCUCUGAGGGAUUAAGAGUCAAAAUGACAGAGGAGAUAAGAGAAAGAGAAAAGAACUCAGCAUGUACAGAAGAGCUGGCCAAACGAGAGGUUGCUAAGUGGGAAAAGAAGCUUCUUGAGCAAAAGAUUAAAGAACUACAGCAAGAGCUGAAGGACCAAGAAAGCCCCUUCGAGGGAUUUAGAGUCAAAAUCACAGACAAGAUGAGAGAAGGUGACAGUCUUCUAAGAAAGAUGAAUAAGAGGAUUCAGAUGCUGGAAAGCUUACUGAGGAUACCAGAAAAACUACAGGAAUGCUACAUAAAGAAAGAAGAGCAGGCCAAAAGAGAGGCAGCUGAAAGGGAAAAGGAGCCUCUUGCACAAAAGGUUAAAGAAUUGCAGCAAAAGUUAGAGGACCAAGAAAGAGUCUUCAAGGUAUUAAGAGCCAAAAUGACAGAGGAGUUGAAUGAAAGGAAGAAAGCCUCAGCAGAAGAGCAGGCCAAAAGAGAGGCAGCUGAGAGGGAAAAGGAGUCUCUUGAACAAAAGGUUAAAGAGCUGCAGCAAAAUCUGGAGGAUCAAGAAAGAGUCUUUGAGGUAUCAAGAGCCAAAAUGACAGAGGAGUUGAAUGAAAGGAAGAAAGCCUCAGCAGAAGAGCAGGCCAAAAGAGAGGCAACUGAGAGGGAAAAGGAGUCUCUUGAACAAAAGGUUAAAGAGCUGCAGCAAAAUCUGGAGGAUCAAGAAAGAGUCUUUGAGGUAUCAAGAGCCAAAAUGACAGAGGAGUUGAAUGAAAGGAAGAAAGCCUCAGCAGAAGAGCAGGCCAAAAGAGAGGCAGCUGAGAGGGAAAAGGAGUCUCUUGAACAAAAGGUUAAAGAGGUGCAGCAAAAUUUGGAAGACCAAGAAAGAGCCUUCGAGGGAUUAAGAACUGAAAUGACAGAGGAGAUAAGAGAAAGUGAAAAGACCCCAGCAGAAGAGCAAGUCAAAAGAGAGGCCGCUGAGAGGGAAAAGGAACUUUUUGAGCAAAAGGUUAAAGAGCUGCAGGAAAAGUUGGAGGACCAAGAAAGAGCCUUCGAGGCAUUUAGAGUCAAAGUGACAGUGGAGCUGACAGAAAGAGACAACCUUCUGAGAAAGAUGAACGAGAGGAUUGAGAUGCUGGAGGUCACAGUGAACAAUGAUAAUGACAAGGAUUAUGAGCAAAAUACUGAAAAUGACUACACUUCAUAGACACGGAAAGACAAAGACAAAGGAAAUACUUCAUGGGCUUUGUUUUGGCCUCAGAUUUGGGAGAAGAUAAAACUUGUGGUCACUAAUA